UGAUUUUGCUGGAUUAGAGGAGUCUUAUGAGGACAAAGCAAAACAUGUACUGGAUGUAUUAUGUAAGUGUAUGUGACUGUAAGCACUUUAAGAAGCCGUGACUUAAUAUGAGACUCGGCUGAUGUGACUUAAUAAAAAAGUCGGCUGACGUGAAAUUGCAAGGGAAGUAUGCUGUGAUAAAUACUGUGCGGUUGCCUUCAAACCGUAAUUCUGCAUUUCUUCACACUCUGUCUACAUCUCAGUCAGCAAACACUAACUCAAAAACUACCAUGACAUCCAACAUCACUGCACAUAACAACAAACUGGAUUCAUCUAUUCUUCCUCCUGUGCUAAUUGUUGAGUUUCUACUUGGUCUACCUGGCAAUGCCAUGGCAUUAUGGGUUUUUCGCAAAAAUAUGAAGUCUUGGAGGGUCAACGUCAUGUUCCUCUUCAACCUUGUUCUGUCUGACGUCCUGCUCCUCUUGAGUCUACCCUUCCGCAUUGACAACUACUUACGUAAUGAGACGUGGAUAUUCGGUGAUGCCUGGUGUCGGAUAAAUCUGUUCAUGCUGGCCGUCAACCGCUCAGCCAGCAUUGCCUUCAUGACUGCAGUGGCUUUCGACCGCUAUUUUAAAGUGGUCCAUCCGCAUCACGUAAUCAAUUACAUGAACUUAAAGCAAGGAACCUGUGUUUCCUGCUUCAUCUGGGGAGUUGUAAUAGCCCUGAGGACCCCUUUACUGGCCAACAACCUCCUAAGCAACACCUCCCAUUGCAGAAGUUUCGGUCAUGAGAAACUUUCACUAGGUAUCUGCCUACAUUAUGCUGUGUUUAUUUUUGAGUUUUUCGUGUCUCUAAUAUUCCUGAUCUUUUGCUCUGUGAGCAUCGCCUGCAAGCUGCGUUCUCGACGGAUGGACAAAGGCAAGAGGGGACAAAGGGCUAUUCGGACCGUCCUGGUUAUCAUUGGGGUUUUCAUUUUUUGUUUCUUCCCCAGCGUUGCCACAGGGUUGUUUGGCCUUCAUUUAAAAUCACUUGGAAAAGAUGUUAGCAAUCCAGACCAUCUGUUCUCUCAGUGGUUUCAAACCUCCUUAGCAUUCACCUAUCUGAACAGCGCUCUGGAUCCGGUCAUCUAUUGCUUCUCCAGUUCAGUAUUUUUCAAUUAUUUGAAAAGAACGUUAAAUCGGAUUGGCUUCUUACAGCUAGAACUCAACAGACGGGGCUGCAUGCAAAACGGAAAUGACUGAGAAGAUACAGCUGGAUUGGACAGGAGAGAUAUUCAAUGUUGACUAAGUGACUAAAGUGUACAGAUAUACUCAAGGAUGAUAUGUGCCAUUUUAUCAGUAUAAAAAUACUUCCUCAUUUCCCAUCAGAGACAAUUCUUAAGAGCCGUUCACAUUAUAAUGAUAACGAUAGGCUAACUAUAGUUUUAAAAAUCUUUAUAUUAAAGAGAAUAGCGGAGUUCACACCACAACUAUAACAAUAAAGAUUAAGCAUUUAACUUAUCAUCUGUAAAUAUUGUUAUUGUCUGUAUAGCAUAAAAAACAUAUUCAACUACAAAAAUACACACACACACACACACACACACACACACACACACAUUCUGGUUUCCAUGUUUUGUGGGGACAUUCCAUAGACGUAAUGCAUUUUACAUGUACAAACUGUAUAUUCUAUUCCCCUAACCUACCCCAAUCCCUAACCCCAACCCUCACAGAAACACUUUUCCUACUUCACAUUUUCAAUAAACAUCAUUCUGUUUGAUUUAUAAGCAUGUUUCCUCAUGAGGACAUCAAAAUGUCCCCACAAGGUCAUAAAAACUACUAGACAAUUGGCAAUGAAAGAUGGUUCAGUACCCACUUUAUUUGGAACAACAUGUGUCUCCUAACCCCAACCUGUAAGUAUGAUUAUAGCUACAUACUUGCUUAAAUGAGUGUAAGUGUUAAUGUCUGUCGUCGUUUUUAUAACCUGGAUUAAUGAUGAAUGAUGUGUAUUGAUGUUGUUUUUAAACUCUUAACCUGAUAAGGAACACUGUGCCGUACACGGUACACCCCCUCCCUUGCACGUGAGGCUGCAUUAUGUCAUUGUAACUUUGAAGCAUUAAAUCUUCAAAAUAUCCGGUCAUGCGGCACAUCGUUGUAAAGCUUAGACUUUCGGAAUUCCAUUCAGCAAACACACAAAGCACAAUAUGAUUUUUAGCAAUCAUAAAACUGUAAUCUAGUUGUUAGUUACCUGAACCGGGCGGCGCCGAUUUAGGAUAUUUACUUACCUUCAAAAUCUUCCCUUUAUCCGCUUCGGUGAAAUUGUCCAAUAAAUCCCCAAAAGCCAAGCCUUUUAAUCCAAAACGAUUUGUUCAUCUCACAAUCUUGACGUUUCUGACCGAAUUAUGAUAUAAAUACUGUAUACAAUUAGUUCACUAACGGACAUUUGUUCAAAUCUUACUUUUCAUUCACGAUUUAUAAUGAAUAUAUUUGGAUGUCACGUUUAUUGUGCAACGUCUGAGGAAAAAAUACGCCCCCUUGUGGAAUUUCAGCCGUUCCAUAAGAGGCUACUAUACUGUCAGAGAGUCAAGUUAGCAAGCGGCUAACGCAUGCUCAAUUUUGGUUUUGCUAUGACCCGGUUAGCUUACAUAAAUCCUUAAAUGAGUGUAAAAUGU